AUGGCUGUUUAUAAAGUGUCGAUGAAAUUUUUGUGGAGUGAAGAGACGUUUCCCAAAGACUAUCCGCUGCAUCGACCGAAAGCGCAAUGGUCGACUAUGUUGGGUCAAUCCCACAACAGCUCAUAUCAUUUAUACCAUGUUGGAGAAGUAGCUAGGCAGUCAGUUCGGAACUUUGCGGAGUUCGGUAAAUUCGAUGAAAUAGUAGAAGAAGGAGAAGAAGACAUGAGAAUCUACGAUCAAUUCUCAGCGCCAUCUGUUGGUGACGGUACUGGUGAAACUGGAAACAUGGUUUUUGUUGAUGGAGAUCACAGUUUGAUAUCAGUCAUUAGUCGUAUCAUACCAUCACCUGAUUGGUUUGUUGGAGUUGAUAGUUUAGAUCUGUGCAUUGAUUCAUCGUGGGUGGAAGAAAUUACUCUUGAGCUAGAACCGUUAGACGCAGGGGCGGCUAGUGGUCUGACUUUCACUGCUCCUCGUUGGGAAACUGUUCCUCCAGCUCCUGUGACUAAGCACGGCCCUCGAAACCCGAAUCACCCUGCCGCAGGUUUCUACUAUCCCGACUUAAGAGAACUACCUCCGAUCGCAAAAAUUGAAUUUUCUAAGGUCAAAGAAUAUUCAACGAAAGAAGUAAACGACUUGGCGAGAAAAGAACUGCUACUUUCUCUUAAACAAAAAGAUAAGCGUAAAGGCGCACCAAGGAGAAAAGUUAAUCUGAUUGACGAAUAUCCAUUAGCUCAAACAGAUGUGACGACCAAAAAUUAUAUGGACCAGUUAAAAGAUUUAGAAGAAGACGCAGUUGGAACUCCACGAUAUAAUGUGCCUGACAAUAAUGUUAUUGUAGUAACAAAAUCGCCUAUUACUACAACAACUGUACAAGAAUUCGAUAGCGAUCUUAGAAAUAUGGACGAUGUAGUCUUGGCUGUAGCUAAAGGCAGAAAACUUGGUCUGGGCAAGCAUCUGCCUAGACACUUCAGAUCCAGACUCCAUCAUGCAGUUAAUAGAAUCCAACCUGAAGACUGUCUUGUGUCAGAGUGGAGUGAAUGGACGCCUUGUUCUGUGACCUGCGGCUUCGGAAACAAGUUUAGAACUCGUACAGUUGUUAGACAGAAACAAAGGAAUGGUCGCGAUUGCCCCGCACUAUCGGACAGACGGCAUUGUGGUAAUAUCAACUCUUGCACACAUAUUGACUACUUUGAAUGG